AUGUGUGUGUGGAGUCAGUCAGUCCAGAUGGAAGCCGGACAGUCAGGGUUCGUGGGCUCUAAGGUGGAUCUACCAUGUCUUUUUAUCAACAGCAUCCCACCUGUCAAGAUCUCACAGGUGACAUGGCAGAAGUUGAUUAAUGGAAAGAAACAGAACGUGGCGAUAGCUAACCCGUCUCUAGGCGUGUCUGUGGCUCCGCCCUUCAAAGACAGAGUCCGCUUCAAAAACCCUGUGGUGCGGAGUAGAACUCCGUCCCUGGAGGACACCACUCUGACCUUCUCGUCUCUGCGACUGUCUGACGAGGCCAGAUACAUCUGUGAAUACACUACCUUCCCUGCUGGCAACCGCGAAAACACGGUCAACCUCACAGUCUACGCCCGACCUUUGACCCAGAUGAGUUUGUCGACACCCACACUGGUAGCUCGGUCAUCCAAUCUGAAGACGCCGGUCGCCACCUGCCUCUCGGCCAAUGGGAAGCCUCCAGGAACCAUCAGGUGGGACACGCGUGUGCGUGGUGAAGCGACCACCCAGGAGAUCCGUAACUCUGAUGGGACGAUCACGGUACGAAGCGACUUCAUCCUGGUACCCAGCAAGAAUACACACCUGGAGAAACUCACCUGUAUCACCUCCUAUAACCAGGAGACAUACAGCGACUCUGUCACGCUGGACAUACAGUAUGAACCAGAGGUGUCAGUGGAGGGGUUCGAUGGGAACUGGUACCUGGACCGUCAGAAUGUUGAGCUCACAUGUCUGACCGAUGCCAACCCACCUGUCUCUCUGUUCCAGUGGAGAAUGUUGAAUGGUUCCAUACCGAACAGCGUAGAGAUCCGUGACAAUGUCCUGUUAUUUAAAGGACCAAUCAGAUACGAGGUAGGAGGGACUUAUGUCUGCGAUGCAACCAAUAGCAUCGGGACAAGCUCCGCCUUCAUGGAGAUCAGCAUCACAGAAGAGCCACUGCCCCAGGUGGGAACGGGUGAUGUCUUCAGUGUUCUGGGCAUGCUAUUGGCUGUGGGGCUGAUUCUGGGCGUGGCGAUCACUGUGCUGCUUCUUAACAGGAGAAAACAGAGGGGAGAGAUGGAUGCUGACUCGACAGACUCUGCUCCUUCUCUUAAACUGGCUCCUCCUCCUGCCAGGAGAAAACCUGGUGAUGAGUUCCAGCGGUCAGGGAGGGUGUAUGAGGACCUCCCCAACACAGCGGACUAUGUCAGCUACCGACUGGCCUGCAACAAGGAUGACUACCCAGAACCCUACUCUCCCCCCAUCAACCCUCCCCUCUCCCUCCCCGACUCUCCACCUAUCAACCCUCCCCUCUCUUUCCUCUCCCAGCACGCCUACACCCACUCCAACAAUACCUUCUCCCCCGCCUCCCAUCCCUCCUCUGUCUUCAGAUAUCCUUCCCUCCCCUCCCUAUCCCCCCCUCCAGGCCUUGCACCCUACACCUUCCCUAAAGAACAGUAUGUCUGA